UAGUAGCUUAGAAUUUCCAGUCUAACAACACCAACUUACUAACUAAUACUAACACUUUCCCCAAAUUUCUCCCGUUAGGAUCCUUUUCCAGUCAUAUCCUAACACAAUCUCCAACAAUGUGGAUGCAACUGGGCUGUCGUGCCUUUAUAAAAGGUAACAAGGAAAGCAUAUUAAAACGUUUAGAAGAUGAAGAAGAAGCGAGAGGAACUAAGGAAAGUGGCAAGAAAUCUUUGGCUAAGAACAAAACCAUUUUGGAAACUGGCCAAGAUAGCAUCUAUUUGGCCAACCCUUCGAUGAACGAACUAAUGAGAACCAUUCAUUCGGCUACCUCGAUGGAUGCAUUUCAAAGAGUUGUAGUUGCAGAAGGGAAAACUAAUCAGAAUCCUAGUAACUUUCAUUUAAAAGGACUAACUAACCCGAAACCACGCCUACCAGGUCUAACUUUGAGUCUUACGCCUCGUUUAAGGCACCGAACUGUGUCUUGCGAUGACUUGGGUAAGCUAAAGAAGUUGGAGUCGUUGGAAGGACUACCUUUGAUGAGAGUUCAUUCAGAGGGUAGCUUGAUGGAGUUGGUGGAGUUGAAGGAUCGUAAGGAAGUCUCUUUCGAUGUGCCACCAAAAGUGGCAAGCUGUGCCGUGAGUGUGAAGGAGAACUCUAAAUUGCCACUGCCAGAGGGCUCAGGCAUGUGUUAUUGGAUAAAUUUGGCGCACUUGCUAUUAGUGAUUGCCUGCCUACGUGGGGUGAUAUGAAUGUUAGAUGUUAUAAAAAUAUAAAAAGAAACUUUC